AUGUCAAGCAGUAGUAAUAUCCUCAAAACUACCAAAAUUUUAUUUUCAACUGCCUCAAAUAAUGCUACAACAAAAAAGUCAAGAUUAAUAUCAUAUUUAAAUAGAUCUUUAAUAAAUAACAAUGAAAAUAAUAAAAUACCACAAUCAAUAAUAGAUAAUAAUAAUAAUAGUAAUAGAAAUAUAUUAAAAUGUAAUAUUUACUCUAGUUUUAAUAAUAAUAAAAUUGAAAAUAAUAAAUUAUUUAUAUCAGAAAUUCAAUCAAAUUUUAAAAGAUUUUCAUCAUCAUCACCACCACCAAAAUCACCAAAAGAUGAAGAUAAUGAAAAAAAGUUUGAAAAUGAAAAAGAAACCACUGUAAAACAAGAUAAAAAUAAAAAUGAUGUAGAAAAUAAAAAAGAAAAUGAAAAUGAAAAAGUAAAAGAUGAAAAAGAAAAAGAUGAAAAAGAAAAAGAAGAAAAAGAAGAAGAAAAAGAAAAUAAAGAAGAAAAAGAAAAUGAAGAAGAAAAUAAAGAUAAAGAAGAUAAAAAAAAAGGUAAUCAACCAGAUUCACCAAUUUCAAGUUUUUUUACACCAAGAGCAGCAGCAAUACUUGCGAUAGUUGCAGCAAAUAUUUUAAUUUUUACAUUUAUUAAACCACAGAAUGAUGAGAUUGAUUAUCAAACAUUUAGAAAUAAGAUUUUACCAAAUGCAGAGAUUCACUCAAUUUUAUUAACCAAUACAACUGCGGAAGUUGUUGAAAAGGUACAACCAGAGGUGGGUGGAAGUGGUAUUGGUUCGUUGAAAGUUCACACUAUCACCAUUAUCAGUCCAGAGGAUUUCCAAAGAAAAUUACAAGAGGAUCAAGAUGCAUUAGGAAUUCCAUUGAACAAACAAGUGUUUGCAACAUUCAAUCAUACCAAUAAGAUCCUAAGAGAAUUGGUUGCAAUUAGUCCAACACUUUUAAUGAUUGGUUUAUUGAUUUACUUUUCACGUGGUAUUAAUUCAUCAUUGACCAAAGGUGCCUCAUCAUUGUUUAAGAGUAAGAGUAAAGCUGUGAAAGCAACAUCAACCACCACUUUUAAGGAUGUCGCUGGUAUGGAUGAAGCAAAGGAGGAGAUUAUGGAAUUUGUCUCCUUCUUGAAGGAUCCAAGUCGUUAUAAGAAAUUGGGUGCACGUAUACCAAAGGGUGCCAUUUUAUCAGGUCCACCAGGUACUGGUAAAACAUUGUUAGCAAAAGCAACCGCUGGUGAAGCUGGUGUCAACUUUUACACAAUUAGUGGUUCAGAUUUCAUCGAGAUGUUUGUUGGUGUAGGUCCAUCUCGUGUUAGAGAUCUCUUUAAGGAAGCACGUGCCAAUACACCUUGUAUUGUGUUUAUCGAUGAAAUCGAUGCGGUUGGUAGAGCAAGAUCACGUGGUGGUUUCCAUAAUGAUGAGAGAGAGAAUACAUUGAAUCAAUUGUUGGUUGAAAUGGAUGGUUUCUCUUCAACCUCUGGUGUGGUCGUAUUCGCCGGUACCAAUCGUAGUGAUGUAUUGGAUCCAGCAUUACUUCGUCCAGGUAGAUUCGAUCGUCAAAUCUAUGUUGGUAAGCCUGAUAUCAAGGGUAGAAAAGACAUUUUCAUGGUACAUUUAAAGAAUAUCAAACUCGAUGGUGAAAUGGAAGAGAUCGCCAAGAAGUUGGCAACCCUUACACCAGGUUUCAGUGGUGCCGAUAUAGCAAACGUUUGUAAUGAAGGUGCAUUGGUUGCCGCAAGAAAAGAUGCAACCUCUGCCAAUUUCGAUCACUUUGAAGAGGCAAUCGAGAGAGUAUUGGUUGGUUUAAAGAGAGAGAAUCGUGUAUUGUCACCAGAGGAACGUACUAUCGUAGCUCAUCAUGAAGCUGGUCAUGCUGUUGUUGGUUGGUUCCUUGAACAUACUGAUCCACUUCUCAAGGUUUCAAUUGUACCACGUGGUUCUGGUACAUUGGGUUUCGCACAAUAUCAACCAAAAGAUCAAUACCUCUACACUCGUGAACAAUUAUUCGAUCGUAUUUGUGUCUCAUUGGGUGGUCGUAUCGCUGAAUCAAUCAUUUUCGAUCGUAUUUCAACAGGUGCUAUGGAUGAUUUAGAUAAAGUCACCAAAAUGGCAAGUGCUAGUGUUGUCAACUAUGGUAUGAGUGAAAAGGUUGGUGUUGCUUCAUUCAGAAAGGAAGGUGAUGAUAUCACCGUAGUUAAACCAUACAGUCAAGCAACUGCUCGUAUGAUUGAUGAAGAAAUUAGAAGAAUGGUCAAUGACGCCUACUCAAAAACUACUCAACUCUUACAUGAAAAGAAAGAAUUACUCAUUAAAUUGGCUACAAUUUUAUUAGAGAAAGAAGUGAUUCAACGUGAUGAUCUCAGAACUAUACUUGGUCCACGUCCAUAUGGUGAACAAACUACUUGGGCUGAAUUAACUGGCGAAACUGAAAAUGAAAAAAUAAAAGAGGCCGAGUUAUCAACUGAAUCUCAACAAAAAGAAGUCGAUUCAAUUGAACCACAACAACCAAAAGAAGAAAAUAGUGAUGAAAAUUUAAAAAAAUAA